AUGCGUCACGGACAAUGGCUCGCGCUUCUCCUCGCGGCAGCUCUGGCAGCUCUGGCAGCUGCCGAUACUGUCGCCACGGAGCCGAAGGAGGUGGCGAUUGACGUGGAUGGCGACCUGCCGGUUCAAGACGAAGCCGAAGUGCUCGAAGCAGCAGACGCUGUGGACGAGACGGCCGCCGCUCCCGAGCCGAAGGUCGAUCCGCGGCUGACGCUCGAGGCCAUGGAGAAGCUCUUCGCCAAGAUGUCGGCCCGAUGCCGCCAGCAGCUGCAGGAGAACGCGCCGGACGCGCCGGAGGUGUCCGACCGCUGUCGACGGGAAGCUGCGGGUCGCAUCCAGCGCUACUUGGCGCGUCUCGACAGGGAGGAACGAGGCGAGACGACGGCCGAGGAGGGAGCGACGAAGGCGGACGCGAAGCCGCAGCAGAAGAGCCGCAAGGGCAAGAAGCGAACGCGGGCGCAGCGAAAAGCUGCAGCGGCCCAGAAGAAGGAGGACGAGUACCAGAAGACGCUGCAGAUCAUUGUCGGCUUCGUCGUGACCUUCGUGGCCGUCAUUGCCGGCGCCAUGUUUGUCAUCAACCGCAAGCUCAAGGCCGCUGGACUGUACUUCGCGGACCCGACUGCAAAGGCCUCGUGUUGCUGCGACUAA